AGACGAUAGAAUUCGGCCGAUUUCGAAUACCUACGCAAACGGCAGAAGACACAGAACCUUCUGGAUUCCAGAUCUCCUCGAAACCCUAACCCCUCGAACUUCUAGAACCUCCAUGGACGGCCUCGCGGCGCCCUCACCCUCCCACUCCGGCGCCACGUCGGGCGGCGGCGCCUCCCACCGCAAGCGGAAGCUUCCGCCACCAUCCCUCUCUGACGCCACCGCCGACGAGGACGACGACACCACGGCGCCGUCGUCCCCCGCCACCUCCCUAUCCUCGCCUUCCCGCCCGUCGUCUCCGUCCUCCUCCCAUUCUGACGAGGAUGACGACGACUCCCUUACCACCUUCACCGCCGCUCGCCUCGAUGCCGCACCUGCAUCCUCAUCCGGCAGGCCUCCGAAGCCCGACUCGUCGUCCGCAUCUGCCGUCACAGCGGCGGCUCCUAAGCCCGAUGCCGCGUCCGCGGCGGCUGGAGACGGGAAGGAGGACUCCAAGGGGCUGUUCACGGACAAUAUCCAGACUAGUGGCGCUUACAGCGCCCGCGAGGAGGGUCUCAAGCGUGAGGAAGAUACAGGGAAGCUGAAAUUUCUCUGUUAUUCUAACGAUGGAGUCGACGAACAUAUGAUCUGGUUGGUAGGUUUGAAGAAUAUCUUUGCACGGCAGCUCCCUAAUAUGCCCAAGGAGUAUAUAGUCCGACUUGUUAUGGAUAGAACUCACAAGUCAAUGAUGGUUAUCAGGAAUAAUAAUGUUGUAGGAGGCAUUACUUACCGCCCUUAUGCAAGCCAGAGGUUCGGAGAAAUAGCAUUUUGUGCAAUUACAGCUGAUGAACAAGUUAAAGGCUACGGAACAAGGCUAAUGAAUCAUCUGAAGCAACAUGCCCGAGAUGCUGAUGGCCUCACUCAUUUCUUAACUUAUGCAGAUAACAAUGCUGUUGGUUAUUUUGUAAAGCAGGGUUUCACAAAGGAGAUCACAUUCGACAAAGAAAGAUGGCAGGGGUACAUCAAGGACUAUGAUGGAGGAAUACUGAUGGAGUGCAAAAUUGAUCAAAAGCUUCCGUAUGUUGAUCUAGCAACAAUGAUUCGGCGCCAAAGACAGGCAAUUGAUGAGAAGAUCAGAGAGCUUUCUAACUGCCAUAUUGUUUAUUCAGGAAUUGAUUUUCAAAAGAAAGAAGCUGGUAUUCCAAGAAGACUGAUGAAACCAGAAGAUAUCCCUGGGUUGAGUAAGUAAUAUUCUGUCCAGAUCAUUUUUCCUUUGCUCGCGCCCUAUACCUAUGUGUUCUGAUAGUCCUGUCUAUCCUGAACACCAUAUGU